UUAACUCGUAGAAACCAGGUCCUCACUCAUGUUUUGUGUUCGGAUGGGACUGCAGCCUCAUCAAACCAUUUUCCCUUACUAAACCCUCGCGACAACUCGUAAAAACCCUGUAGAAAUGAGAGAGAGAGGCCAUCGAAGUUGCAGAGAAACAAAAAACUGCUUUAAGCGGGCCCUAACCCUAAUUCUUCUCAAAAACCAUUAAAUCUUCUCUACUGGAUAAAAGAAUCAGCACAAAAUGAUGCCCUAGCCCCUAUUUUGCUAAGGAGCCAUUGGAGCUGCAACGUGGGAUAAUUCGUUUAAAACCGCUUCAACGGCUAGCAGUAACGGGCAUAACCGGUCACACAAUUUUGAAAAAAGAAAACAUAACGGCCUCUCUCUCUCUCCUCCCUUGAAGCAGCACAAUCGCCAUGGCUACGAACAAAGAGAAGGCGCCUGAGAAAAAUGGCGAUGAAAAGUCCAAAGAAUGGACACUGGAAGAUUUUGAGAUUGGCAAACCUCUUGGAAGAGGAAAGUUUGGAAGCGUGUACCUUGCUAGAGAGAGAAAGAGCAAAUACAUUGUAGCACUGAAGAUUUUGUACAAGGUCCAAAUUCGUAGACACCAGCUUGAGCAUCAAUUGAUGAGAGAGAUUGAGAUCCAGAGUCGACUUCACCACCCCAACAUUCUUCGACUCUACGGCUACUUCCAUGAUGAGGAACGUAUAUUCUUGAUUCUGGAAUAUGCUGCAAGAGGAGAGCUGUACAAGGAGCUCAAGAAAUUGACGCAUUAUUCCGAGAAGAAAGCAGCCACUUAUAUCGCCAGCAUUACCCAAGCACUGGUUUAUUGCCAUGAGAAGCAUGUGAUUCAUCGAGAUAUUAAACCAGAAAACCUUCUGGUGGAUAUGCAGGGUCAAUUGAAGAUGGCUGAUUUUGGAUGGUCAGUACACUCGAAAACUAAGAGGCAUACCAUGUGUGGAACUCUGGAUUACAUACCCCCUGAAAUGGUCGAAAACAAGGCGCAUAAUCACACUGUGGAUAACUGGAGCUUAGGCAUUCUGUGCUUUGAGUUCCUCUAUGGAUAUCCUCCUUUUGAAACAGAGAGCCAGAAUGAUACUUUAAGGAGGAUUAUGAAGGUUGAUUUAAGCUUUCCUUCCACUCCAUUGGUUUCUCGAGAAGCAAAGGAUCUUAUUACUCGGCUUCUGGUGAAGGAUCCUUCAAAGAGGCUUCCCCUGCAAAAAAUUCUUGAGCACCCAUGGAUUGUUAAAAAUGCAGAACUCAUCAAUUCAUCAUGAUUUGACAGACUUCAAAGAGAAGCACUGCAAGUGUUUUUGCCUUUUUGCAUGGAAGACUGGACUAUUGGUGCCUUUCUUUUGCACCAAUUCAACGAAGAUUGAAUUUCUUACAUCAUCUAUGUAUGGCAUUACACAGUGAAAAUUCACUGAAGAGCGUAUUUCUUAGUAUCUGUCAUCUGUAGCAUUAAGAACCAUUUGAAGUUGGAAUUGAAGGAAAGAGAUAAAUCUUGAAGAAGAGCUACAAGCAGGAAAAUAUUUAGAGAUGAAGCAAACGUUUCUUAGUGAGUCUGAAAUCACUAAGUUUUGAAAAAGAGCUACAAGUAGGAAAAUAUUUAGAGAUGAAGCAAGCGUUUCUUAGUGAGUCUGAAAUCAGGGAGAAGGAAGCAUGAGGUGACUUGUAAAUAGUGAAACUCUGUAUUGUUCUCUUAUGAGCAUUAAAAAUCCCAGCAUUUCUAUUCACUUCA